UUGAGAUGAUGGGGUUGGACCAGAACUAGGGUGGGACCAGACAGGGGCUGUCUCUUUUUCAAGCUAAGGGGGAUGUACAUGCAAGUAACCUUGCCUGGUUCAGAGCUGAACUGCUGUGACCCUCUUACCCUUGUCUGGUGUGAGCUUCUGGAGGCCACUGAGGCAGAGCCAGAGGCUCCAGCUGCAGAGCUCCAGCCAGCAGCAGAAGCAGAGCAGUGGGCAGUGGUGGAGGUAGAGCUGGCUCCAGCUCCAUUGACACCACCCUCUCUAGCGCUGGAGCCAGCAUCCCCUCCAUCAGCGGCAUUGGAGCUGGAGCAAGGGCCAACAUCGGCUCCAGCAGGAGUGGGAGCUGCUGAGCUGGAGUCACCUGGACCAUCAUUUCUAGUGGGAAGUCCAUCUCCAUUUGUGGCUGUUAAGGAGCGUGAGAAGAAGCCUAACCUCACGGCCUUCCCUCCUAAGCUGGUGGUGGAGCAGUUGACCGUGAUGGAUGCGGAGCUCUUCCAGAAGGUGGUGCCCUCUCAGUGCCUGGGCUCCACCUGGGGCAAGAGGAACAAGCCCGGCCAUGAGCACCUGGCACCCACCGUCCGGGCCACUCUCGACCACUUCAGAAGGGUAGCCAGCCUCGUCAUCACCACCUACCUUGGGGACCCGAGCAUGAUGGCCCAGGACAGGGAGUGGGAGAGCCUGAAGAACUCCUCUCUCUGCACUGUCAUCUCUGUUCUGCAGAAAACAUCCAUAUGCCACCUGAAGAACACAUGGGGGAAGUUUCCUGGGAGAGCUCUGAAAAACUUAAGGAGCGCUAUAGCCAAGACGAGUCCUUGAGCAGAGAACUGAUGACCAAGGAGGGGCCUUCCACGUUUGCCCCCUGGAGAGCAACCCUCAGAGAGUGCAGGAGAAGCAGCAGCAGCAGCAGCAGGGGAAUGAGAUCAACCUUGAGAAGAGGACUGAGGAAUAAUACCGAGUCAUGAGGGAGAUCCUGCUGCUCCAGGUCACCGCAAAGAAUUAUACCAAGACCCCGAGGAGUGAUUUGGGGCCUGGUUCCAGGACAUGGAGUUGCUCAACGAGAAUGAUAGGUGAGGCCGUACAGGAGUUGGGUGAGGGCAGGGGUGGAUUCUCCCUGUUGGCCAGUGCAGAGAGCCUGUCUCCGUGGCCCCCUGGUCAGCCCCAGAACUUAUUGCAUGACCACCCCAGGGCACCCAGACUCCAGCUGCUGAGGUUUCUUUUGACCAAAUUUUAGGAACUUUUAGUUUUCUAGUUCAAUCUCUGGAAUUGCAUCAGCUCUAAGUGGGGAAACCAAUGUAAAAAGAUCAAAACGUGCAGGUGGAGAGGACAAGGCCCGAGGAAGAUCAUUUGAAAAUGGACUAAAGGCAGGCAGGACUUUCCCUCCUGAGACCCUUCUAGGGGCUCCGUGUUCACCCCUGACCUAGAUUUGAAUCCUGCUGGGAUCCUUGUACAGGACUCUGAAUUCCUUUUCCUGCUUGAUUUGUAUCCAGGAGGAACGAUUUCUGAUGCAGCUUUUAAGGCUACUGCUGGGCCUCGUUACAUAAACAUGACUGCUCCCUGUGAACUAGGAUUUUCAGCACCCCUGCCUUCCUUAUGCAAUUCCCUUUAGGACAGAAAUUCCCUAGAAGGCCCCCAGUCUCCUCCCUGGCUUGGCCAGAUGGAUCCCGAGUGAGCUCUGCUUUGCCAGGAUAAGGGACCAUAAUCCUGGCGAGUCAGUGACCCCACAUUGUCCCUUGCUGUCCAAGGUGAAUUCUGAGCCCGUGUCCUUCUGAGGUCCAUGGCCUUGGCCAAUCCUCCAGUUUACACACUCAGUGUUGGUGUUCCGAACUCGUCCAAAUGGGGCAAUUGGGCCCAAGCCAAUAAAGUGUGUCACCCCUGGGUGGCUGUGUUUUUUUCCCCAGUCUUGUGCUGUGGUUACAUUACAACAACCUGCUGGGGUGUGAACCCUGUUUGGAGCUUUGAAAGAUGAGACAUGACAGGGGUGUUGGGGUGUCCAGCAGGGAAUGCCACAGAACUGAUGAUCUGUGGACGUACAUGAACACAGCCUUACCAAUUAAAAUACUGAAAUGUUCCCCAUCUGGUGGUGAAUAGACAUUGCUCUGAGCUCACACCGAGAACCCGUCCCAUGACUAGGAGCUUUCAGUGGGUUACCAAGUGGCAUCUUGAACCUCUUCCCUUGGGAACACCCUGUAAGACAAGGGACAGAUGAAUCGCUUGGCACUUGUGAGCUAUCCCCUCCUUUCUUAUGGCUGCAAGUGUCACCCAGACACACAGGCUGGACUCUGCCACGGAAGCCUUCUCAGGACAGCCAGAAGCUGAGGGUGAAUCCUGGUUCUCGGCAUCCCAGGCCCUUCCUGACCCGGCAUAGCCACCCAGGAAAGUGAUUUGGUAAUGGAAAGACUGGGAAGGCCGUACUUUCCCUUGAAAGAGAAAGAGAAGUGCCAACUGUGAAAGCUUGAUCCCUCAAAUAGACAAUUAAAUCCCAACAAGCAGUGGGUUCAUGUCAGAUUACUGACGCUGAAAAGGCCUCUUUUGAUAAUAGCACAAUCCCCCAACUGCCAUGUCCAUCUUCAUGAAUCAAAUUUCCAACACAUAUGGAUCUAAAAAACUGAGGGAAAUCUGGUAUUUCCUUAGAUGCAACUCUGAAUUAGCAUGCAACAAAGAACAUAAAAAUGGAGACCUAGAAGUAAAUAUCUAAUUUGAGUACAUAGACAUCAAAGUGCUUUUGAAACAAUAUUUUGGAAUCUAUUGGAAUAUUACACAAAAAGAAUAAUCCACUUUAAGUAGAUUUUACUGUGACUGUGAGGGGAAAAACUGAAUCAUCUCGUGACAUUGAUAACUCGCUGCUGACUUGAAAGUACAAAUAAAUA